UUAGCCCCUCCCGCGAAAGGAAGGCGCCUUCUUGGUUGCUGAGUUGGUGUCCGCCGGUUGCGGGGAAGUAACUGCUGCUGCUGCAUCAUGGCGUCCGUGGGGACCCUCGCCUUCGAUGAAUAUGGACGCCCUUUCCUCAUCAUCAAGGAUCAGGACCGCAAGUCUCGUCUUAUGGGCCUUGAGGCCCUCAAGUCUCACAUAAUGGCUGCAAAGGCUGUGGCAAAUACAAUGAGAACAUCACUUGGACCAAAUGGGCUUGAUAAGAUGAUGGUGGACAAAGAUGGUGAUGUGACCGUAACCAAUGAUGGGGCCACCAUUUUAAGCAUGAUGGAUGUUGACCAUCAGAUUGCCAAGCUGAUGGUUGAACUCUCCAAGUCCCAGGACGAUGAAAUUGGAGAUGGAACCACAGGAGUGGUCGUCCUGGCUGGAGCCUUGUUAGAAGAGGCUGAGCAGUUGCUGGACCGCGGCAUUCACCCAAUCAGAAUAGCCGACGGCUAUGAGCAGGCCGCCCGCAUCGCCAUCGAGCACCUGGACAAGAUCAGCGACAGUGUUCUCGUGGACCUGAAGGACACAGAGCCUCUGAUUCAGACAGCAAAGACCACACUAGGCUCCAAAGUGGUUAACAGCUGUCACCGACAAAUGGCCGAGAUUGCUGUGAAUGCUGUCCUCACGGUGGCAGACAUGCAGAGGAGGGACGUUGACUUUGAACUCAUCAAAGUAGAAGGCAAAGUGGGAGGGAGGCUGGAGGACACUAAACUUAUUAAGGGUGUAAUCGUGGAUAAGGAUUUCAGUCACCCACAGAUGCCAAAAAAAGUGGAAAAUGCAAAGAUUGCAAUUCUCACAUGUCCGUUUGAACCACCUAAACCAAAGACGAAGCAUAAGCUUGAUGUGACCUCUGUAGAAGAUUAUAAAGCCCUUCAGAAAUAUGAAAAGGAAAAGUUUGAAGAGAUGAUUCAACAAAUUAAAGAAACUGGUGCUAACCUAGCUAUUUGCCAGUGGGGCUUUGAUGAUGAAGCAAAUCAUUUACUUCUUCAGAAUAACUUGCCUGCAGUUCGUUGGGUUGGAGGACCUGAAAUUGAGUUGAUUGCUAUUGCAACCGGAGGACGGAUUGUUCCGCGAUUUUCUGAACUCACAGCUGAGAAGCUGGGUUUUGCUGGUCUUGUAAAAGAGAUAUCAUUUGGGACCACUAAAGACAAAAUGCUGGUCAUCGAGCAGUGUAAGAACUCCAGGGCUGUGACCAUUUUCAUUCGAGGAGGAAACAAGAUGAUCAUCGAGGAAGCAAAACGAUCCCUUCACGAUGCUCUGUGUGUCAUCCGGAACCUCAUUCGUGACAACCGUGUCGUGUACGGGGGCGGUGCUGCUGAGAUCUCCUGUGCUUUGGCGGUCAGCCAAGAGGCAGAUAAGUGCCCAACCCUGGAGCAGUAUGCCAUGAGAGCCUUCGCCGACGCACUGGAAGCCAUCCCCAUGGCCCUGUCUGAAAACAGCGGCAUGAAUCCCAUUCAGACCAUGACCAGUGUCCGAGCCAGACAAGUGAAGGAGGAGAACCCUGCUCUUGGCAUCGACUGUUUGCAUAAGGGCACAAAUGAUAUGAAGCAACAACAUGUCAUAGAAACCUUGAUUGGCAAAAAGCAACAGAUAUCUCUUGCAACACAAAUGGUUAGAAUGAUUUUGAAGAUUGAUGACAUCCGUAAACCUGGAGAAUCUGAAGAAUAAGGAAAAAACUUAGAAUAAAAUGUAGUCGUAAGAUCUGUGGUUAAAUAAAGGGGUGUCUUGUGAUGCAUCUACAGCUAUUUAUUAUUUCCUUUUUCAGACACUGUAAAUGCUCGAAUAAAAAUAGCUGUUUGGUAACUAUA